AUGCCAAAAACCGUCACGGAUGUGCGAAGCUCCCACGGCUUGUCUGGAUUUUACCGGUGUUUUGUCAAAGAUUUCAGUACCAUCACUUCACCAUUGACCACGGUGAUGAAGAAAAAUGACAAGUUUCACUGGGGAGAAGACCAGGAAAACUCCUUCCUUGCUCUAAAAGACAAACUCACACACGCACCUGUCUUAGCAUUACCUAAAUUCAAUAAGACUUUUGAAAUCGAAUGUGAUGCCUCUGGUGUAGGGAUUGGAGCCAUGCUAAUGCAAGACAACAAACGAUGUGCAUUCUUUAGUGAGAAGUUGGGAGGUGCAGCCUUGAAUUAUCCAACUUAUGAUAAGGAGCUGUUACAUGAAGCUGUUCGAGCCAAUAUUGAAAAGCAUACUCAGCAAUAUCUCCAGCAAGCUAACAAGCAUCAUCGCAAAAUGGUUUUUGAACCUGCAGAUUGGCGUGUCAAUGAAAAUGCGUACAAACUGGAGUUGUCCAGGGAGUAUAAUGUAAGUGUGACAUUCAACGUCUCGGACUUGAGCCUGUACCUUGAAGACGAUGUUCCAGAUUUGAGGACAAAUCCUUCUCAAGUGGAGGGGAUUGAUGUGUGCACGGGCGAGAUUCUUGACUCAAGUCAUGCUAACCCAGUGCGAGUUCCACUUGGUCCUGUUACGUGUGCAAGGGCAAAGAGAUUCAAAGAAUCACUCCAAACCCUUGUUUGA